UUAUGGGUGAAAAGAGGCAGUGAAGACGACUGGUACAGGCUGCCGCGCACAGCUUCAUCUUCCUUCCUGAGAGACUUUGCGCAGCACACCCACGCUUCAGAGUUUUUAAGAGAUAUUCCGUUGCAAGAUUCAGUAAAAAAUGGCCGCUCAGCAGCUUUUCAGUGUCAGGCAUCAGUUUGUGGAUGGUGUGACAGCCCCAGUUAUAAAGGAUCUCCUGAAUGACCUUUUAGCCGAUGAAGUCUUGACUGAAAGAGAGCGAGACUCUGUGUUGGAGGAGAGGCGUGCCAGAGCAGACCAGGCAGAAUGUCUGAUUGACAUGGUGAGGAAGAAAGGAGACGAAGCCAGUCAAAAGCUGAUUGAUCACCUGAAGACCAAAGACCCUAAACUUCACUCUGUUCUGUUUCCAUCCGCUGACCAAGAGGCUGCUGCUGCAGAGCUCCAGUUCCCGAACCUCAAAUGAGCAGAAUCGUCUUCAUUAAAUUACAUGGAGAUAGAGAACCUGAAGAAGUAUGGAGGUCCCCCCUAAUCAAACGAUUCUAAAAGUCAAAAUACAUAACAGAUUCCUGAUAUCUGAAUUAAGCAGGAGGUCUACUUACCACUGUAUCCAAUCCCUGGAAGAAGAGAUUAAAUUGAAAUAUAUUUGCUGGUUUGUACAUAAAAAAAAUUAUUUUGGCUGUGAGACAACCUUAAUGAAAUAGAGACUCAAUGGCAACAUGUACAAUUGUAUAAGAGACACAUUGACAAUAUGUAUAAUUGUGUAAUACUUUAUCAGCAUUUUGAUGAUUCUUGUGAACGCUGCCUGGAAGCUAGAUACAGUGCCCAUCAGUAAUCACUGGCCCCGUGGAAAAGAUGAGCCAUGAAGCUGCAGAGAAGUUUUCAAAUUAAAUGACCUUUUUAUAAUUUGUAUUAUUAUUAUUAUUUGCACAAUUUCACCACUAUUCCUAGCCUUAUUAAUUGGGGUCCAGUGCAUAAAAGUCUUUUUUUUAAACAUGAAGUACUUGGCAAGCUAUUUUAAUG